UCGCCUCACAUCUUUUAUUUUCUGGAUUCAGUCAGUAUAUAUUCUUCAAUCAUUUGUAAAAUUUCUCGUUUUGGAAAGCGCUUAAUUAUAUUACAUUUCAAGGCAAUCAAAAUGACAAACUUAGAAAAUACUCUGCAAAUAGAAACGAAACUAGAAAAGGAAAGAACCAACCAAGCCUUGCUGAAGGAUCGCGUUGAAAAAUACUCGGAACUGACCCGUUCCAUGUCCAAAAUAUUAAACUCGUUCGAACAACGUUUGGGCAAGCUGGAACAAACAAUCCUUCCCGUGUACAAUGUAACGAAAAACUUACAAAAGCAACAGCAAAACUUGGAUUCAACGCUCUCUUGUAUGGAGCAGGUUCUCGCUCACUACGACGCAUCACAGGAAGUAUGCAAUUUGAUUCAUCAAGGGCCAUCCGAAGGAAACAUUUCUGCUUUUCUUGAUGGACUAAACAAGCUGAAAAAGGCAAAGGAUUAUUUUCUCAACAAUAAUCCACAGAGCGUCGAGCUUGAAAAUGUAACCAGUCUGUUCAAUAACGGGUGCGAAACGUUGAACAACCAUCUGAAGUCGUUGCUUAAAAAACAUAGCACUCCGAUGAGGCCGGUCGAUCUGCUGGAUUUAAUAUACAUAGAGGAGGACUCAUCAAACGAGGAUUGUCCUUCGAUCAAGCAGCUCCCGACCAGCACAAGAGAGGAGUUAAAUGUGAUUGCUCAGUGGCUAGACAACAACCUACGGCGAGAAUAUGUGCAGAUUUAUGGAGACGAAAGAUCGGAUGUCAUAAUGCGCUCGCUGCAGAAUUUGAAAGAUCAUCAAAAAAGUGGAAGCUGGGGAAACGAACCACUCAAGUCCAGGUACUACGGGCGUCAGUCGGAUGUGGGACUUAAAAAGUCGACUUCGGCAAGAUUACAGCAAAUUUUUGAACGUAAGGCGAACAAAAUGCUAAUGAAGGCUUCACAGACACUGGGUCAAUCUGCUGGGUUGGCCAUGCGUAAAAACUCAUCCUUCGGUGAUAUAUUAGCUGCUGAAGAAUACGGCAAUGAUAACGAUCAAGAGCUGGAAAAGUAUUUGGUCCUUCUGCUAGGUUUACAGAAGCUUUUGGUUUGGGAACGGCAAUUGUUGAACGAUAUCAUCCCAACAACUCGUCAUAACGAGGUGUUUUCCCGACUUUCACAACCGUCGAUUGAAAUGGUAGUGAAGGAUGCCGAGGCGAUUACCGGUCGCGUUUUACGCAGCAUUAGCCGUAAGGAGUGGUCUGCAGCGUUGGGAAUUUUCUCUGCCUUGAAGCAUGUUCAAAUUUUGCAACCAGAUAUCGAUAAAAUUUGCGACACUGCUCAGCGACAACAGCUUAGUGGAGUGCUGAGCAAACUGCAGCAAACAGGUUCCAAAGCGUUAGAGCAGUUUAUUGAUGCCGUUAAAAAUGAUGCAGGAAGUGGCGGAAUGGUCAGUAUGAGCUCCAGCACUAUAAGCUACGGUGGUGGAUCAAACGUGCCGAGGGAUGCCACCGUGUACGAGUUGACUUCUAACACAAUUUGGUUUCUAGAACAACUUCAGGAACAUUGCGAUACUAUUGGAAGUAUUUUGCAUACUGAUCCGAUCUAUACUAGCGAUCUAGAUCGCAUUGCGUCCCACAAAACUGUUUCCGUGGAGCAAAAGAACAAAGCACUUCUCGGGAUCUAUGUGCGAAAGGUGCUAGGAGAACUCAACUAUACGAUAGCUACUAAAUCGGAACAGUACGGCGAUUUGGCAACGAAACAGUUAUUUAAAUUGAACAACACGCACUACAUUUUGAAGUCUCUUCAACGUUCGAAUCUGAUCGAUAUUGUAGCACUAACGGAACAUGAUUGCGAAAAGCGUUACCAGAGGAUGAUUCAAGAUCUCAAAAAAGCUUACCUCAGCUCAUGGUCAAAGCUUUUGGCCAACAUUACUCCUCUGGAAGACAUUCCCCGACCAAUUAAUGGGCGUGUUAAAGACAAGGAGCGAGCAAUCAUCAAGGAGCGCUUCUCUUGCUUCAACAAAGAAUUGGAAGAAGCCAUGCGGACGCAGCGAGCUGUAUCCGUUCCGGAUGUGUUGCUGCGUGAGGGUAUUAAACGGGACAAUACCGAACAUAUUGUGCCGCAGUAUAAUGCCUUUUUUGAAGUUUAUUCUGAAGUGCAAUUCAGUAAGAAUCCGGAAAAAUAUGUGAAAUAUCGUCCCACUGAUGUAACGGCGAUGCUGAACAGCUUCUUUGAUGACACAGUUUGAAUUAUGUGUACGCUGAUAUUUAAUUUAUGGUUAAACGAUAUACUAAUAAGUUAUUUGCAAAACGCAGUUUUAUACGUUUGAAAUUUAUCAAGCAUAUUCUUCUACUUGUAAAAUUAGAAAGUAACGUUAGAAACAUCUUUGUUGUUUACAGGUAACAGAGUUCUUUAUAAGUAAUAUAAACUUUUAAUCAUUCCAAA